GGGUAAAAGACUCACACAUGAGCGGGGAAUGUGGCCUGGGUGCUUUAUCACGUGACUGGGUGUACGAUCGAAAGCGUCCAAGAUGGCGGCCACCGAACCUCUCACACUCGCUCGAGAUGUUAACAGAGCUGUUGAACUGCUGCAGAAAUUACAGAAUAAUGGGAAUAUUCCCCCAGCUAAGUUGCAAGCCCUGCAAAAGGUGUUAGAGAGUGAGUUCUGCCAGGCGAUCAGAGAGGUAUAUGAGCAUGUCUAUGAGACAGUGGAAAUUCAGGGCAGUCCAGAGCUAAGAGCUCAAGCUACAGCUAAGGCGACAAUCGCUGCCUUUGCCGCUAGCGAGGGGCAUGCUCAUCCCAGAGUAGUAGAGCUGCCAAAGACUGAUGAAGGCCUUGGCUUCAAUGUAAUGGGUGGACGUGAACAAAAUUCUCCAAUCUACAUCUCCCGCAUCAUUCCUGGAGGAGUAGCAGAUAGACAAGGUGGUCUGAAGCGUGGAGACCAGCUUCUCUCAGUGAAUGGAGUUAGUGUUGAGGGCGAGAACCAUGAAAAAGCUGUUGACCUACUCAAGGAGGCCCAAGGAAGUGUCCGCUUGGUUGUCAAGUAUACACCAAAAUUGCUUGAAGAAAUGGAGGCAAGAUUCAACAGCCAGCGGGGUUCUCGUAAACGAUAGAUGAUGUCUGAUGGUCCAAAGGAUAAAUAGAAAUAUGAUUAAGAGACAAUUAAUUAUAGGAAUCUUUGAAUGACCUAAGCCACAGAGAAUGCAUGAUCACCUUCACUUACACUCAUAAAAUCUCGACCCUCACCUGAUAAUAAGACUUAUUACUUAUAACUUUUUAUUGUAAAGAAUAAGGUAAUAAGACUUAUUACUUAUAACUUUUUAUUGUAAAGAAUAAGGUAUUUUUCACCCCUUAUUUCAUUCGCUUAAAAAACAGAUUGCUUACAGUACAUUGCUUUACUGUACAUUCUCAUAUAAUGUAAUUGUCAGCCCCUUCUUGCUCCUUUUUUUUUCCAUGGUUUUAGUUCAAGUUAUAUUAAUUUUUUUUUAGUUAUUUGAAAUGUACUUUUUAGUGCUUUUUAACAGCCUAUGAAAUGUCUUGUGAGGCAGUUCAAUAAAAUAUUCUUUACUAUGCUUGCUUUGAGCCCUUUUUUUCUUUUUGCUAAGUGUUGCUUUUUUGUCAUUUGUACACAGAAAAGGCAAACUCUUUUCUUGUAUUUUAUUAAAAUAAAAACUCUACAUUGUUCUA